AUGGACCGAUGGUCAGAGAAGAAAAACAAAGAAGAAAUCUGGAUGCACAGUCUAAAGUCAUUCCGCCCUGAUGAAAACAUUGCAUUAAAUAAGCCUGCCGGACAGCAGCAUCCAUAUGUUGGUCAGCCAUGGGGAGCGGAUAAAGCAGUGGAUGGGCGGUUUGAUAAUCGAGGUGCACUGGGAAAUCAAUGUACAAUAUCGGCCAAUGUUGCAGAAACUGCAACCUGGUGGGUUAAUCUAGGAGGAGUACUCAGUAUCCAUCAUAUAACUAUCUACUACAGGACAGACAAUUUACCCUGGGGCAUAACCAAUGGAUAUACAGAAAGAUUUCUUGGUUUCUCCGUUUACAUAUCGAACACAACUAACAAAGAUGAUGGAAUGCUGUGUUUUAAGGAUACGAUGUACACCAAAGCAACAAUACCAAAUGUAACUACUAUAGAAUGUAUAAAGCAUGGAAGAUACGCCAUCUAUUACAAUGAGAGACUCCCAUCAGCUGACUACCCAGAUGGAUAUUCCCCGACCGCAUUCAAUGAACUUUGCGAAUUUGAAGUUUAUGGAUGCCCUACUUCGGAUGUUUAUGGAGAAAAUUGUGAUUUACCCUGUCCACAGAAUUGUCAGGAGGGACAUUGUAACAUUGUGGUUGGGAGUUGUCUUGGAUGUGUUGCCGGAUACAAAGGACCACGAUGUGAACAACAAUGUGAUAAUAAUAGAUAUGGCCUUGAGUGUAUCCUGACCUGUGGUAACUGUAGCAACAGAGUACAAUGUAAUCAUGUGAACGGAAGUUGUCCAAAUGGAUGUGACGCUGGAGCCAAAGGAGAUAAAUGUGACCAAGAAUGUCCUCCUGGUGAACAUGGAAAGAAUUGUGCCGAACAAUGUAAGCCAAACUGUAGAAGUUGUAACAGAUUCACUGGUGUUUGUGAGUCUGGUUGUUUUCCUGGAUGGAAGGGGACCUUCUGUGAAAAUGAAUGUGAUGGAGAGAUGUACGGUGAAAAUUGUAAUACCUCAUGUGGCUCAUGUUUGAAUUUGGAACAAUGUCACCAUAUUAACGGAACAUGUUUAAAAGGGUGUGACAGAGGAUUUCAAGGAGAGAAAUGCACUGAAGAAUGCCCUGAAGGGCUAUAUGGCUACAACUGCCAGGAUACAUGUAACAUCAACUGUGGAGUUCCUAGUAGAUGUAACAAAGUAACGGGGCAAUGCGAUGGUGGGUGUCAGGCAGGAUGGAAAGGCACGAAAUGUGACCAGAAAUGUAAUGGUGGCAAGUUUGGAAUAAAUUGUGCUCAGUCAUGUGGUGUUUGCUAUGAAAAGGAACAAUGUCAUCACAUAAACGGGACAUGCAUGAAUGGAUGCGAUAAAGGUUAUCAAGGAGACAAUUGUACAGAAGGGUGCCCGUGGAAAUUUUACGGAUACGGGUGUAACGAAACAUGCAGCACAGAGUGUUCUAAUCGAACAUGUGACGCCAAGUCAGGGGAAUGUACGCUGGUAAGUAGGAUUGAGUUUGAGCAUCCACCCGCCACCAACACUGUCCCUAUCAUUGGAGGAGUCGUGGCUGCCAUUAUUGUGAGCCUGGCAGUUGUCUUAUUUGUUGUUUUGUUCAGGAGACAUAGGAGGAAUAAACAUGAAAACGACUCACCUCGCCAUGAAAGACGUCAACAACAACGAGAGAGAGAGGAAAAUGUAUACUUAAACAACGAGUCAAAUAAUCAGACCUUCAGUAACAUAUACGAAAAUAUGGAGACAAAAACAAAAUCUGUUCCAAAGUCAGAAAAGCAAGAUACUACAGUGAAAAUCCCAAAUGGAAAGAAAUACGAGGACAGGGAUUACGACACAGAUGACGAAGGCAUCGAGAAUCCCUAUGGUGAUAUGUAUAUAAAUGAGGAAACCAUACCGGAUAUUCCGGUUAAUCAACUCGAAAACAUCAUUGCAGAGAAAAGAAAAGAUGAGGAGGAAGGAUUUAAAAGAGAAUAUGCCAUGUUGCCACAUGGAGAACAACACAAGUGUGAUGCUGGCAAAUUGCCAGAAAACGUACCGAGAAACAGAUUCAAAACAACGUUCCCCUACGAUCAUUCAAGAGUUGUUUUAAAAGACAACAAUGGAAACUCAGACUACAUUAACGCUAAUUUUAUAAACGGAACGGAUUCAGAGCGGGAAUAUAUUGCAUCGCAAGGUCCAAAGCAAAACACAUUGAACGACUUUUGGAUGAUGAUGUGGCAAGAAAAUGUGUCACAGAUUGUGAUGCUCACAAAUCUAAAAGAGGGAGCAAAGACAAAGUGCACGCAGUAUUGGCCAGAAGAAAUGAAAGCCAGAGCUUUUGGAAACAUUAUUGUAAAAUCCAUUGAAGUAAAAGAAUACGCAUUCUAUAUCACUAGGAAGCUGUCUGUUUCACACAAGGAGCUUAAAAAGUCACGUGUUGUUACGCACUAUCAUUAUACCACUUGGCCUGACCAUGGUACACCAGAUCCGCUUUGUCUGGUAAUUUUUCAUGAUCACGUGACAAGAACACGAUCCAAUCAGAAGAAAUCACCAACUGUUGUCCAUUGCAGUGCGGGAAUAGGUCGAACAGGAACGUAUAUUGCACUGGAUGCCUUAUACAAGACUGGGAAAGCAUCGGGCAAAGUCAAUAUCGCAGAAUAUGUGAAGACCAUGAGGGCAAACAGAAUGAAUAUGGUUCAAACCUAUGAACAAUAUAUGACAAUUUUCCUGGCUCUGAACGAAGCUUUUAAAGCCCCAGUAGAAACACAGACUGUUUCAGAUUUCACGCAGAAAGCAGAAAAACUGAUGGGAGACACACCGGCCAACCAAGCUGCUAUAAGAAAGGAAUUUGAGUUAUUGAUGGAAGUUCGACCAGUUUAUACCCCAGCUGAUUAUAAAAUUGCCAGGCAACACAAUUCAGACAAAAACGGGAAAGCAAUAUUACCACUUGACAAGUACAGUUUGUACUUGACGUCUUCAAUUCCAAAGCGAGGCAGCUUCAUCAAUGCAAUUAACAUUUCUUCAUACACAAGAGAGGGCGCCUUCAUAGUGACGAAGUAUCCAACGACAGAGGACGCUGUCGACUUCCUGCGCCUGCUCAUUGAUCAUGAGUCUGAUAAUGUCAUCUGCAUGAAUCCUUUAAGUGAAAUUGAAUCGACUAAAGCGUGGAUGGCGGAUCCUACCUCUUCAAGAUCCGUCCCUCCAUUUACUGUACAGUACGAAACACAAGCAGAUACAGAUGUUAAGGCCACGACCUUAAAGAUUGUGAAAGAUGAGGAAACACAUACUGUAACCAUAGUAGAACCCAAAGGAUCUCUGAAGUCAACCGGAACGCCUCAUGACACAUCGUCUCUCAGAAGUUUAGUCUCAUUUGCUAAGAAUAUUUCGUCUGAAAGACCAAUCACCGUUGUCAGCAAAGAUGGGGCCACCUUGUGUGGUGUCCUCUGUUCUGUAUAUAAUGUGAUACAACAACUCACUAUGGAUGAAAAUGUUGACGUAUUUACUGCUGUCAGACUCUUACAGAAAAGAAGACCAGAAUUCUGUUCAACACAGGAAGAAUAUCUGUUGAUAUAUAGAGCUGUCUGUGAUCACAUUGAGACUACAUCAGAAAACGUGUACUACAACCAAUAAU